AUGGGUUUCGAUAUAGAUUUUAUAUUAUCUUAUGUCGUAUUUCCAUUGUUGAGGUUUCCUGUUCCCAUUGCCUUUGCAUGCUCUAAGCUGUAUGCGAUUGUAGUGUUCAGUAUUUGGACACUUAUCAUCAACGGAUUUUAUUGGCUAGAGUUAUGGUUCAGAAGUAGAGGUGAGCAAACCUGGAAGUCACUUAAUGAACUUCAUGAUCCAAUUGUGCUAAUCACUGGUGGCUCUAAUGGUCUGGGUCGGUGUAUUAUACAUAAACUCUUGAGGAGCUAUAAUAAUAUCAAAGUAAUUAAUCUCGAUUUAGAUGUGCAAUAUUGGUCUGAAGAAGCCCGUGUCAUUAACAUUGAAUGUGAUUUAGUGAAUGCUGACGGUCUUGAACUAGCAUUGAAGAAGAUCAAGUUGGAGUAUGAGGAUAAGAUCAACUUAUUAAUAUGUAACGCAGGUGUGAGAUCCAGGUUCAAUUGGUUUGAAGAUACCCCAAUUGAUGAAAUGCAAAGAAUAAUGAAUAUCAAUACUUGGUCUACUGCUCGAAUUCUACAGGCAAUCAUUCCUCGUGAUAAUCAGAGGCAGUUGUACAUAGUAACGAUUUCGAGUGUCUUGGGGAUCCUUGCACCAUCCAAGGUAGCUAGUUAUGCAGCGAGCAAAGCAGCAAUUACAGCGUUGCAUAAUUCUAUGACCAAUGACUUUUUGGUGCGAGGUAUUGGCAAUAUUAGAACGCUGUUGGUGCUUCCGGGUCAAAUUGACACCCAAAUGUUCGAUGGUUUCCCACCACCAAGGAAAUUCUGGGCACCAAUAGUAUGUCCAGCUGCGUUGGCAGAAGCUAUAAUAGACCACUGCGAAAAUGGUUUAAGAGGAACCUUGAGAACACCUCUGUACUCAUAUUUCCCAGAAUUUCUGAUGGGAAUACCUUAUUUACUCCAGCGCUUCGCAAGAAACUUCUCCAAGAUGGACAACUGCUUACCUAUAGAGACUAUUAGCAGCAAAAGGUCACUCGCAUCCGUAGAUUUAUAG